UCAUCACAUGACCUAUAUUGACCAAUGACAGAGACGUUACGUACCAUUAAUAACCACUGCUUUUCUUCGCGGUUUGUAGCGUUCAGAGAGGAAACUUUCUUACGCGGACAUGUUCCUGUUUUUGUUGACUGUUUGCUGCUUCUUCUUGGGAUUAUCUGCAUUUGGAUACCAAGAAGUGUGCUAUGGCAAUACUUAUAAAUUUCCACUUGACUAUGUGCCACCUUUGUUCAUGGGGAAGGUGUUCUUCACAUCAAGUAAAAGUGGAGCAUCCAAGAAGUUGGUGAUUGAUAAAGGAAAGGCAGUGGACCCACGUUACAAGGUGACCUCCACAUCCGUGUCGCUGCCAGAUCUGACAGAAAGCGAUGAUGGGACUUUUUCAAAAAGUCAGUCAAGCCGUACCAUUAGACUGAAAAUUGUGGAUUGUUCUGAAGAAAUCUUGAAGACCUAUGGAGAAGACCUCUACUAUGAUAUUUCCAGGCAGUCUGAGUUCUUGGAGUUUACGCCAACUCGCAGUCUUGACCAGCCAAAAGUCCUGUGGAAUCAAACCAGUACUCAGUCCAGAAAGACAGACAGGGUUUGGGUGAGGUUUAAUUCCUGGGAGAUGAUUAAGCUGUCUCAGGCAGACAACGGCUACUACAACUUCAGGAGGAAAGACAACACUUUGCUGUCUAGGAUAAAACUGACAGUAAGAGAGAAGAUUGAAAACUUUAUAUUAAUGGAAGAGGAUUCUCUCACAAUCACACUUCCUCUGGAGUGCACCUCAUGCACAAUGAGCUAUAGCAGAAGGGGGGACACAGAUACCCUGGUGGUGAUGAAGGCAGGGCACGUGGUUCAAGAUGGGCCAUUCAAGGAGAGAAUUUGGAUGCAUGGCUCAGAUCAGAUAGAGAUCGAGUCCCUGAAAACUACAGACUCUGGCCAGUUUGAAGUCAGAGAUCAGGAUGGCAACUUGGCCCUUCUUUUGGAGUUGAAUGUACGAAGCAGGGUAGAAGCUAUAUCUCCAGCUGUUUAUGUUGGCAUUCCCAUCACCAUUCUCUUCGUGUUGUUUUUCUGCUGUUGUUGCGUGAAGAAGUGCUGUUGUAAAAAAGGGUCUUCAAAAAGAGAGCCUGCUGUUCAAACUCUUGCAGUGCGUUAUCAAGAUGCAAAUCAAGACACAGGGCCAAGUCACGUACCUCCACCAUAUUCUUCAGUUUAUUCUUAUCCUUGCAACACCAUCAGAACUACAGAAUCUGCAUCCAGUUCUACUGAGCUACCGGUAGUUGGAGUGCUCAGUCCAACAGAAAUUCACAUGAGCUCCCAUCCACCUGAGGUUGCAGCUACAGGACAGCAACAUGCUGCUCCAGUUGUCCCUGACUUUGGCUGUUCCUCUUUGGACUCUGAGCCAAAGUUUGAGCUGAAAGGACUGCACUUUCCUCUGAGUUCAGAGGCAACAUUUUGUGAUGUUUAUACCUCAGACAAACUCAACUUCCUUUAAUUACUACACUAGAAAUGUCAAUGCAGCUUAAUUCUCUAUCUCACUCGCUCAUCUUCAACGGCUUACUCCAAUUAAGGGUCACGGUGGGCUGGAGCCUAUACCAGCAGUCAUAGGGAGUGAGGUACACAAGACACCACUCUGUCGCAGGGCUACAUAUAGACAGACAAACACAUUCACACUCGCACACACACCUACGGACAAUUUGAAGUCUGCAGCCCACCUAACCUGCAUGUCUUUGGAUGUGGGACGAAGCCGGAGCACCUA